GACACGAGACAAAGAUGCUCCAAUAGUUCCAACGGAGCCAUGCUUCUUGGGCCAGAACUUCAAGCUGGAGCCAGAGCCGUCAGCGCUGGGAGUCCCUGCCAAGGCUGCCAAGGCGUCCGCGCGGGUGUCCGGAAACCUACCCUCGGGCACUGGCCUCAUGUGUGGCUUGCACCGCUGGCCACAGCUGCGGCUGCGAGGAGUAGAGUCCGUCGGCGUGUGGAGGACCGGGAGGAGCUGAUGCGACCCCGGACUGCGGAGAGCAAAUUUUGGCAGUGGAAGGAGGGCAUUACUGUCCAUUAUGCCAAAGCGUCAAAGCUACCCAGCGACACGGCCGUGGUUUUGCUCCACGGCUUCGGCGUGGCCUCCUUUCACUACGAACACCAGUUUGCGCCCUUGAGCCAAGCGGGGUACACCGUGUAUGCCAUGGACAACGUGGGUGCGGGUCUGUCCUGGCCGGAUCGGGACCCGGCGCCUGGGGGCCCGCAGGAGCUGCAAGACGUGGCAGGGAGCCAGUGGGGCUUUGGAAGCCCAGACCCUCAGUAUGAGGACAUGGUCAUCGGCGAGGAUCUCUGGGUGCAGCAGAUCAAGGACUUUAUCUCGCAGUUGGUGGCAGAGCCCAAGGUGAUCCUGGCGGGGAACUCGCUGGGUGGGUACUUGACCGUCUUGGCCACUGCCUUCAUGGAGGACAGCACCCUGCAGCGCAUCAAAGGUGUGGCGCUGCUCAAUGCGACUCCCUUCUGGGGGUGGAUCCCCAACCGCGCCAAGAACCCCGGGCUGCACAGCGCGUUCCCCUGGAAGGGCCGAUUGCCUGUGCCCAGAUCCGUGAGGGCUUUGGCGCUGACUUGGUACAAUACCUUGCGGAACCCGGACUCCAUCGAGUGGCUCCUGAACUUUGUAACGGUGAAUCCGGCCGGGGUCGGGCACCAACUGCCGGUGCGCAUCGCAGCGAUGGCGGACCACCCGAAUGGGGCGGCGGCCUUUUCUCAGAUCCUUUUCACCCCCCAGGCAGAGCUGUCCUUCGAGGACGCGCUGCAGCAGGUGGUCGCUCGAAAGGUGCCCGCCUUGCUUUUGUAUGGCCGAGAGGAUCCGUGGAUUGUCCCAUAUUGGGGCGCCAGAGCUUACAUGACGGCGCCAUCAGCCGACUAUUUUCAGGUCUCCCCCAGUGGGCACUGCCCGCACUUCGAGUCCCCGGCCGCGGUGAACGCCGCGUUGCUCCGCUGGCUCCACGCCACGAAUCCGGUGGAGGGCCAGGAGAGCUCCUUGAGCCGCUGCCUGCGGACAUCGGCGAGUCCUUCCAUGUGCGCGAGGCGGACGGCCGGGAGCUGAAGGUGACGCGGCGGGGGUUGCCGGAACCCUUCCGCGAGGGUGGCAUUGCCUGGGAUGAGCUCCCAGCAUGGAUUCAGUCCUGUUUUUAAUGGAGAACAUCCAAUGACCAGGAUGCUGAUGCAUGCCGAAAUCCAGAUGUAUGCUGCAGAAGAGCAGCCUGUUCCGUCCAAGCGACCAGCGACCUUCAGGAUGGUUUCACACAAACCCCGUUUUCCAGCGGAGGUCGUGCGCAAAACCCUCUGAAGAACGGACC